UCCCCGCUCCCGCUUGUGGCGGCCGGGCCGGGCCGGUUUCGCGGAGGCGCCGAAGCCGGCACAGCCCGCGCCGCGCCGCGCCCGCCGCCUCCCUCCUCGCCUCCCCGCCCCGGUAGGCGGGAGCCCGCCGCGCAGGGGCGAGCCGGCGGGGCAGAGCUGCCCGGCGGAGCACCAUGCUGGAGUCUAUCCGUGUCACCGAAAAACUUCACUGGCCUAAGACAGAACUUUCUAGGAAAUCAAUCCUGAGCCCAGAAGAACAUAAGCUGAACUUUAAUAAUGAAAAGAGCCUCCAGCACCCACCUUCUGGGAUUCUUAAGGACACUUUCACAACAGGAACCAGUAGCUACAAUGUCUUUCUGCAGAGCAAAGAGGAGAAAAAACACCAAGCUCAAAAGCAGCCAUCUGCUCACCACAAGAAACACAAAAAAACUACAAGGUGCUCUAACAUCUCACGAAGCAAUGAGCCCCGUAAAAUCAGAGUCUCACUGCCCUUGCUCAGCAGUGGAUGGUACUGCACAAACAGACAACCCUCCAUCAUCAUCACUAGCCCAGUGGCUACCAGCAUGAAGUUUACAAACAGUAUUUCAGUUGGGAGGAGCAGCAUAGGACUCCCAUCUAGACCCAGAAGUAGAACCAAGAGGCAUUUAAAUCAAACUAAGCCAAAGCAAUCCCAGUCCACAAAAAAACAUGGCAAAGAAGGUGAUGUCUCUGGCCAAAAACUCUGUUUACUGACUGCAAUCAAGCCUUCUAAUGUGGAGAAAGAGAAGAUUAAAUUCUUCAAGUCAGAUUUCACAUACAAUCCUCAGUUUGAAUAUGCAAACCCCGCUCUGCCGAACGUGUUAGCUAAGCACAGUCAUGCAUCUGACAGAUUUCUUAAGCAGUCUAUUCACAUUAUGGAGAGGACACUGCAGAAAUAUGGAAGCUAUGAAAAAUUUGAACAGGCCACAGGAGGCAGCUUGCUGACCAAAAGUCGCAUCUGGAACCAUGUCAGGAAGUACAUGGUAAAAGAAGGCUGUCUGGGUGAGAUUGUAGUCCAUCUCACAGAGGACCUGCUUUCUCGAGCCUCAAUGACAGUGGUGAAUGGCCGCCCCACCCUCACUAUCAAUAUCUCCACUGCGCGAGAGCACUGGCUGGAAGGGAUGCUGAGACAUGAAAUUGGAACUCAUUAUUUCCGGGGUUUUAACAACAACAGCCAGCCUUGGUGCAACUGGAACGGACGUAGAAAACACGGGUUAAAACCAAUCAACCCUACAGAGGAGGGGCUAGCAAGUAUUCACAGUGUCCUGUUCCGCAAAGACCCUUUUCUUUGGAGGGCUGCCCUGCUUUAUUACACAGUGUAUCAGGCAAGCCAAAUGUCCUUCAGUCAGCUUUUCCAAGACUUGGGGAAAUUUGUCAAGGACCCCAACACUAGGUGGGAUUACUGUGUAAGAGCCAAGAGAGGGUGGACUGACACAUCACAGCCAGGCUGUUUCAAUAAGGAUCAGGUGUACUUGGAUGGCAUCCUCCGAAUCCUCAGAUACAGGGAGUCCAUUGAUUUCUAUCUUCUGACAGCCCUUGGGAAGAUCUCAUACGAGGAUGUGGACCGCCUGAAGGGAUUAGCUGUGACCGAGAAUAUGAGGGUGCCACACUUUUUGCAAGACCAUGCCCGUUAUAUGGAGCACUUGGAAAAAAUCAUGGAAGUCAAUGAGCUAACUGAUGAGGAGCUCCAGGGUCUCAUAAAUUAACAGCAUCAGCCCACCAUUCACUUACUCUGUGCAACUGAGGAUGUAGAACUGGACUUUCCCAGAGCGGGCAAGAAUGGACUUAGGAGGGGUGGGGUGGGAGGAAAGGGCAGCCAGAAUGUGUGGAAUUAAGAAAAAGUCCUUUUAUGUUCCUUUUGCAUUGUGAUUGUACAGUGAUUAUUUUUUUAAAGGGUUUGUGCAUUUUUUAGAAUUUGGCUUAGGAAUUUAUUUGGGGUGAUCUGUCCAAUCAUCUGCUCAGUUUUAUAUGCUAGCUAUAGUGCCUGACUGAUUUUGAGAACACACAUCCAGGUUUAGAGGUGGAAGAAAGGAGGAAGUGGAGAAAAUCCCCUUAGUUCCCUUGUGUUUGCCCUGUCUUUGGUCAUAGCAUUCAUGGUUCAUAGCAAUAGAACUGUUGUAGAUUCUGCUACAUCACUGUCUGUAACUUUUUCCCAUUUGGUCAUCAUUGCAAUGAAAAAAGAAAGCUGAAAAACACACUGCACAGAAGCAGGUCUUUGUGCCAUAGGAUGAAACCUCCAUAAUGAUAUAAAAAGUUUUGGGGUUUUUUACUAGGAGUUUUAGCAUUUAAAAAAAUAAUAAUACAAAUAUAUAUAUACAUAUACACACAUAUCUAUAUAUGUAUUCCUGUUUUAAUGACUGUACAGGUAGCAAAGUUAUUGCCCCUUUAACCCCUCAAAAAGUUACACUGUUCCACAUCUUAAUCUGUAUAGUACAUGUUUCAGGAAGCUGAAUUCUGGAAAAGGUCUGCCUCCAUUGAGGACCAGCUUAACAUGUCCAGGAAGUUCAACCUGGCAGUGUUUUGGAAGAAGGAUAGGGCAGAAGUGUCAUUUCAUGACUUCGAAUGUUUUAAAUAAAUUCAGGAACAAGGGGACAUGAUUCAGCACAGCAGGCAGCACCCACUUCUUCUCUGGGUCACCUGAGCCUACAAAAGGUUAAGUCCCUUUUUGAGCAGUACCUCCAUGCUGCAGCUAACUUGAGCUUGCAGAGCUUGUUGACAAAACAAGGUGUGAAUGGGGAGGGAAAGAAGACUCACAAGUGCCCUGUUCCUGUGUUCCAACAGAAGUGCUGCCCCACUGUGAAGCAACCUUACCUCUGUUUUAACUGCUGGUGCUAUAUCCAGAACUAAGAAGAAAUAACUCCUUACUGUGAGACAUGGCUAGUCACAGGAGAAAUAGCUUAGAUGAUGCAGGAGGACUUACUACAUAAACAGCAUUUUCUGAUUCCAGAGUAUUAUGGAAUUAUCGAAGCAAAUUGACUUUUGCACAAAGAAGUAUUCUGACAAAGAGUUUUGUUUUAGUAGAUUGCAUUUUGCCAGAGCUCCUCUGAACCCCCAGGGAGCAGCUGUGGUAGGAGAAGCUGGGCAGGAAUAAAUGGGAGCCUCCAGCAGGGCUUUAGCUCUUUAUUCCCCUUCUGCUUUGGUCCACCUGUUACAGGCUCAGCAUUGGAUAAGGCAAGUAGAUGGAGCGAAAGUUUCCUCCACACCAUGUUAGCACAGACUUAAGCCCUGGUAUCCCUCACUCCCUGCUUAUCCUAUUAUUUAAUGAAACAGAUGGAAUAACCCUCCCACCUUAUUUUACACCCAGGACACUACCAGCCCUUAGAGCAAAGUCUUGAGAAUACAUUUUCUGACCCACAGCAAAAUCUGUGAGGAAAAGCUCUCAGUUGGCUUAGAGGUCUGAAGGUUUUUUAAUAACCCCAUAAAAGCAGCUGCUUUUUACAUAGUAUUGCAGGUGCAUUUGCAGCAGCAAUCAGUUGCUGGCUUACUGCUUAAAAAAAGAAAAUGCACUCAACAAGCAUAAAUUUAUGAAAUCUGGUUAUUUUCAAGGCAGGGAAAAAAAUUGCUUGCAGCAGCCUUAAUUUUGUAUUGUCAAUGUUGUUCAUGAACUGAAAGCCUUUGAGCCUCUCUGUACUGAAAUGAAAGCCCUUUUUCUCUCCUUCCCUACUUCAAGCUGCCUAGUUUGAUCACUGGUAACUUCACCUGCCCGACUUUGUUGUAGAGCUGCACCAAGUAGAUAUGGUGUUGCAGCAGCCUGACAGGAACCAUGUGCAGUCAUGAACCCAUGCACUCCAAGUUUGGGCUCCUUCACCAGAAGCAGCAAGAAACUAUGCACAGCUGAGGUCAAAGUCAAAGGCCGCAGUCAGAAGCUGUCUUUGGAGUAAACAGUGCAGAGAUUUUUUGAGUUACACCUUGGAAGAAUUGGGCUCAUUUGCUGCCUCGAGAAUGUGAAAGGACCGGUUCUUUAUAAAAGGGACAAUUUUGAACUCAUAGAAGUCCCUGCCUUCCUCCAGUGACUCCUACAUAAGCAAAGUGCUUUUCCUCCUCUCCCAGUAGUAAUGUCUUAUAAUCUAAUUGGGUGUAUGUAAUGUGUCCUUGAAACCAGGAGGCUGUUCUCGCCACAAAAUACCAUGCCUACAGCCCUUUGUCCAACAGCCAGUUGACUCUUUUACCACUCUGUAGACUCCAGCUCUACUACAGGAAUUUUUGUUCUACUUGAAGACCUGCAGCUCAUUUUCUUCAAAGUAGCAGGUGCCACUGCACUUCUCUGUUCGUUGUUCUAGAAAUACAUUUGCCUUGUGCAACACUAGAGUCUGGAAGUGGCCAUUCUCAAAGCAGUAUUGUAGCAAUAGAUGAAGCUGUUAGCUUCUGUUCUCAGCAUCAGAUUUGUACUUCCUCCUUUGUAAAAAUGUUUCAGAUUUUGAAGUGUAGCUUUUGUAAAUUUUCCUGAAUCUUUUUUUUUUUUUUUUUGUAAACUGUGAAGAGUUUGGUUACUGUGUCAUGGUACUGAAGGUCUGUAAUAAAGUGUAUGGACAGAAGUGCACCACUA